CGGUGUUUAGCUCGCGCUCUUAGCCCUGAGGUAAUUGAGAUUGCUAGUUAGAGUUAGAGGUCUUUUUGAGCGACGAGAUGACUGAGGACUCACUGUUUGCUAGUGAUUACGACGGCCCGUGCCCUUUGUGUGAGGAGGAAGGCGAGAGGCCUUCCCUGGGGCUCAGAGUCAGUGAAAGAGAGAGAAAAGUGGACAAAGAAAGAGAAGAAGCAGAGUUAAAAAGAGAGAAGAUUAAAGGAGAUAAAUCUGUAGGUGAAAAGGGAAACGCAAAGGAAGAGGUAGUGGAACAAAAGCAAGAACUAAAAGUAGGUGGUAAGACAGAUGAUGAACAUGGUGAGGAAGAGACUGAUGAAGAGAGUAUAGCAGAAAAACUAAAGGUGAAAGGGGACAAGAGUGAUGGUGGAAAAGACACCUACGCAAGCCCACCCUUGGAUGGUAGGAGUGCACCGCAGCUGGACUCUGGCUGUCCCGUUAACCUGGUGAUGAUGUGUGAGGAGUCUGUUGAGAGAUGUCCAAUCGCUCAGACAAAACAGACUCAAGCCACAGCCCAAAUGCCAGGACCGGAAGCUCUGUGUCUGGGGAACCGUAAUAAUAGCCCUUCUGCGGAGCCCAAAACACUUGUUCCUCCAGGGCAGCUGGAGGUGACUCUCCGGCAGGUGUACACCACGCGCCGCUACACCCGCUUCACCAGCAGGCCAACGCCACUGCUACCCUUACCGUCGGUCUGCCCAGACAGCAGUUCACAGCCUUUACCUUACAUCACCAGCACCUCUCUACUUCCACCCGCACCCAAGAAGAAAACACGCACCUCCUACAGUUCUGAUCAGUUGGAGGAGUUGGAGAGGGUCUUUCGAGAUGAUCAUUACCCGGAUGCAGAGAAGCGAAAAGAGAUCGCAAUGUCAGUUGGCGUUACACCCCAAAGAGUCAUGGUGUGGUUUCAGAAUCGUCGUGCCAAGUGGCGUAAAACUUCCAAAACUACAGCGAAGAAGCCUUCUGCGAGCCGGGCUCCAGCACCUGCUCUGUCCCGAGCACCUGCCCCUGUCCAUAGGGCUCCUGUUUUCUCAGCUCCUACAAUUGCACCCAUACCUUCACAAACUGCAAAUGCACUUCCUUCUUACAGUGCCCUCUUUACCAGCUGUACAAGCCCACCAGAUCCAGGCUGUGUGGAUGGUGGUAAUGUAUGCAUCUCUCAGGGUGGCCCAGUAGACUACAAACUCCCCCUUAUGCAGAGCCCCCCACCUCUGCGCCGUGCCUCUUUGCCCUUCUUUGCUGCAUAUAACCCACCCACCCACACAUUGUCUGUGCUGUUGGACACACCAGAGCACAAUGAGCCUCAGCCCCUCAGCCUGCACACUGAAACUGGGUUUGACUAUGAUGGAAUUGGCUGUUCAGCUAAACUUGAGUCUGUGAUCUCUGGUCCUGGUAACCGUGCUCAGGCUUACCAGAUCAGCACAUUUCCCCAGCAGCCCAGCGCUUUGUUUCCCCAGCAACCUAACAGUCUUCUGGCUCAACAGGGCAAUAUUAUCCCACAGCAGCCCAGCACACUCCUGCCACAGUACUCUCAUCUGUCUUACCUCACCCCCUCUCCUUACCUUACACCCAACCCCAGUGAGAGCACAACCUCUUCCUGCCUGCCCCAGAUCCCAGGCACCACCAGCAGCCUGAUGACUUGCACUAAUGGAGGACAUUCCUACUUUAAGUGCCAAAAUGGCAACCAGAUACUGCUACAGCCUGGGGUGCAGGCAUUGCAGACCUACCCGUGGGCCAGUGAUGUGUAUGGUCACACAGGUCAUGUACCGCAUGCAGUCUUGAGGCCCCAGUUCGCAUCUCAAAAUUGUGAAGGCCACUAUCCUCCACUGCUCCAACCCCAUCGUUACAUCACCCCGCAAAGAGCAUCAUGCCCCAGCCUGUCCAAACCUGCUUCCCCUGACCCCCUCAUGCCCAGUGUCAAAACGGAGUUAGAAGAUGCUGGACAAGGCCAGCCAGCCAGAGUCAACGAGGCAGAGACCGUCUUCCACUGUGACUUUUCACCUAUUCACUUCUGACAUGAACAGAGCCAUCAGCGCUGACAGUGAAGCUCUAGAGUCUGCAGUUUUUCUGUGUUUGUGUGUGCUUCUUUGCUGUUUUUGGUUGCUGACUGCAGGCCUUAUUAAAGUCCCUUUUGUCUUUCA